GCCGCCGCCAGCGCCCCCGCCGACACCCCCUGCCUCUGCGCCUCAGCCGGCACGCCGCCCCCGACCGGGUCUCCACUUCUCGGCCGCACCUCCCAUGACAGCACCCGCUCGAAGAUGGCUGCGAAGGGCGCACACAGCUCCCACCUGAAGAUUGAGAGCGAGCUGGAGCGCUGCCGCGCCGAGGGCCACUGGGACCGCAUGCCCCAGCUAGUCCGGCAGAUGCAGGCGUUGGUUGUGCCCAGCGGCGGAGGCAACCGACGAGCCAGCCCCAGCGCCCUGUUCACCUCUCUGGACACCGAUGACUUGGGGAAGUUACUUCUGGCCGAGACCCUCCUGGAGCAGUGUUUGAAGGAGAACCAUGCCAAGAUAAAAGACUCCAUCCCUUUGCCGGAGAAGAAUGAGCAAAAGAUGAAUGAAGCCAGGAACUAUCUGAGCAGUAUCCUUAACCACGGGAAGCUGCCACCACAGUACAUGUGUGAGGCCAUGCUGACCCUGGGCAAGCUGCAUUACAUGGAAGGCUCAUACCGAGAUGCCAUCAGCAUGUACGCACGAGCUGGGAUUGACGACAUGGCCAUGGACAACAAGCCCCUGUAUCAAAUGCGGCUCCUGGCCGAGGCCUUUGUCAUCAAAGGCCUCUCUCUGGAACGCCUCCCCAACUCCAUAGCAUCCCGCCACCGCCUGACCGAGAGGGAGGAGGAAGUGAUUGCGUGUUUCGAGAGGGCCUCCUGGAUCGCUCAGGUGUUUCUACAGGAGCUGGAGAAGGUCACAAAUAACAGCACCUCGCGGCACCUGAAAGGCCCUCCCCCAGUUGACUUUGAGCUCACCUACUUCCUGGAAGCCGCCCUCCAGAGCGCCUUUGUGACAAACCUGAAGAAGGGGAACGUGGUAAAAGGCAUGAGGGAGCUCCGAGAGGUCCUGCGGACUGUGGAGACCAAAGCAACUCAGAACUUCAAAGUGAUGGCCGCCAAGCACCUGGCGGGGGUCCUGCUGCAUUCUCUGAGUGAGGAGUGCUACUGGAGCCCCCUGUCGCACCCCCUGCCGGAGUUCAUGAGCAAGGAGGAGAAUUCCUUCAUCUUGCAGGCCCUGCGGAAACCCCACCUCUACGAAGGAGACAACCUCUACUGCCCAAAGGAUAACAUCGAGGAAGCCCUUCUGCUGCUCCUCAUCAGUGAGUCCAUGGCCACUCGGGACGUGGUGCUGAGCCGGGUGCCGGAGCAGGAGGAGGACCGGGCGGUGAGCCUGCAGAAUGCCGCGACCAUCUACGACCUGCUGAGCAUCGCGCUGGGCAGGCGUGGGCAGUUUGUCAUGCUCUCUGAGUGCCUGGAGCGAGCCAUGAAGUUUGCAUUUGGAGAAUUUCACCUUUGGUACCAAGUGGCCCUCUCCAUGGUGGCUUGUGGGAAGUCAUCCUAUGCUGUGUCACUGCUGCGGGAAUGUGUGAAGCUGCGGCCCUCAGACCCUACCGUGCCCCUGAUGGCCGCCAAGGUCUGCAUCGGGUCACUGCACUGGCUGGAAGAAGCAGAGCAGUUUGCCACGAUGGUGAUAGAUCUCGGGGAGGAAGCUGGGGAAUUCCUCUCCAAGGGCUACUUGGCGCUGGGGCUCACCUAUAGCCUGCAGGCCACCGACGCGACGCUGAAGUCCAAGCAGGAUGAACUGCACCGGAAAGCACUGCAGACGCUGGAGAGAGCUCUGCAGCUGGCACCUGGAGACCCCCAGGUCAUCCUCUAUGUCUCCCUGCAGCUGGCCCUCGUCCGCCAGAUCUCCAGCGCCAUUGAGCAGCUGCACGAGGCCCUGAGAGUGUGCAGGGAUGAUGCCAACGCCCUCCACCUGCUGGCGCUCCUCUUCUCUGCCCAGAAACACUACCAGCCCGCCCUGGAAGUCAUCAACAUGGCCAUCACCGAGUAUCCCGAGAAUUUCAACUUGAUGUUCACCAAGGUGAAGCUGGAGCAGGUCCUGAAAGGCCCAGAGGAAGCCCUGGUGACCUGCAGACAAAUGCUGCGGCUGUGGCAGACCCAGUACAACUUCUCCCAGCUGGGUGGCCUGGAGAAGGAUGGCAGCUUUGGCGAGGGCCUUGCUAUGAAGAAGCAGAGCGGUAUGCACCUGACCCUGCCCGAUGCCCAUGAUGCAGACUCUGGCUCCCGGCGCGCGUCGUCCAUUGCAGCUUCACGGCUGGAGGAAGCCAUGUCGGAGCUGACCGUGCCCAGCUCUGUCCUAAAGCAGGGCCCCAUGCAGCUGUGGACUACGCUGGAGCAGAUCUGGCUGCAGGCUGCUGAGCUGUUCAUGGAGCAGCAACACCUUAAGGAAGCAGGUUUCUGCAUCCAGGAGGCAGCGGGCCUCUUCCCCACCUCCCAUUCCGUGCUUUACAUGCGGGGCCGACUGGCGGAGAUGAAGGGCAACUUGGAGGAGGCCAAGCAGCUGUACAAGGAGGCGCUGACGGUGAACCCUGACGGCGUGCGCAUCAUGCACAGCCUGGGGCUGGUGCUGAGUCGGCUGGGCCAUAAGAGCCUGGCCCAGAAGGUUCUGCGAGACGCCGUGGAGAGGCAGAGCACCAGCCACGAGGCGUGGCAGGGCCUGGGCGAGGUGCUGCAGGCCCAAGGCCAGAGUGAGGCUGCUGUCGACUGCUUCUUGACUGCUCUGGAGCUGGAGGCCAGUAGCCCGGUGCUGCCCUUCUGCAUCAUCCCCAGAGAGCUCUGACGGGCCCCACGGCAGCUGGGAGGGCAGGUGUGCCCCACAGGAAUGGGCAGAGACAGGCAGACAGGGGCCAGUGUGGUCAAGGGGAGGCACAGGGCCUUGGGGAAAUACAUCUCUAGGGACACGUCUGCAGGCUGCAGCCUGGUUCUCCUCGCCUCCACCCCCAUACGCAGUCUUCCUACAGGGCUGGCUGCGAACUGCUCAUCUGGACCAGAUUUGCAUGGAAAGCAAAUCCCUUGCUCUUCGGGACUCAGGCAGACAUUGUGUCACGUAUGAGCAAGGGAGCAUCUGGGAGGCCGCCUCUCCGUGGGGCCUCCCCAGAGUGGCCAUGCGGCCAGACAGACGUGCUGUGUGCUUGGCUACCUCCCACCCAUCGGGAAGGCCCCGUACGGCCUGCCCUUCCUCCUCUUCCCAGGCCCUGCACCUCUUUCUGUGGCAGCAAAGGUGAACCCACAAGCCGCUCCUGGCUGAGCCGAGGGUUCCCCCUCAGUGUCCCAGGAGACAGUGGGCAUGAAGCCUAAAGGAUGUGGAGUCACGACUGACUCGCUUCCCAGGACUGUGGACAGGGGACCCUCACCCCCCAUCUGUGCCUUGGGGAGCCCGAUGGCCCUGACCUCACACUCCAGUCUCAGAAUGGGGCUUUUAAUCACUCGCAGGCCUUGCCCAGGGCAGCCACAGCUUGAAGAAGCUGCUGGCAAGCGGGCAGAAGAUGAGAUGGCUGGUUCCUCUCCUAGACUUUGAGUUAGUGGAUCAGGCCAAGUAUUGCCGCUUUUUGCUUUAGGUGUUCCCCUGAACGUGCUCCCCCUUUUGUUGCCAGGUGCCUUUGGGGCUGCUGGUGUCUGGCCAGGGAUGCGAGCACCAGCCCUCACAACCUAGCUCUGCCCCUGGUCCCACCCCUGCCCCAACCCAAGCAGUACCCUCGGCCCCUUGACCAGCAGCCCUAGCGUGGGACCGAGGCUUCCUGAUGCCUUGCGUAGCGUGUCACUCCUUCCAGCCUGCCUUUCUGGGCAGUGCGUACGGUGUAGAUUUCUCUACACCAUAUAGUCACAGCCUGUCCCAGCUCACCACCCAUGACUUAUUUUUGCCUCAGGAUUCACUUGGUGCCCCCAGCUCAGCACCAAAUGGGGACAGCAGCCGGAGACCCCAUGUGGGCCCCUCACCUUUGUGUACAUGACACUGUCUGCAGGGGUCCCAGGAGCUGGUGGGUGGGUCUUAUUCCUGUUGGCUCCCCUGUUCUGCUGCAUAAUGCUCUGGGAGUUCUCCCCAAGAAGUCAGCCCCCAUGGGCCUAUCAGGGAAUUCCUUCUUUAUCUGCACUUUGUGUCUUAAAGCGCUACCACAUACAGUUGUCCUAAGGUGUGUGGGAAGGCCUGUGAGGACUGCCCUGGUUUGUCACAGCCCAGUCUUGUUCCCCGGGCUAGUGGAAACCACCCUUGUGUGCACUGGCUAGGCCCUGCAGACCCCCACGUGCUUCCCCGAUGAGCCUGUGCCUCUCACCUUCCUGGUGGGCAGGGGCUGGCUCUCUGUGUAUGUGAGUGUAUAAUAUAUAUAUGAUAGAGAUCUAUUUUUUUUUCCUGGA